GGAAUCUGAUGCUUCGUUGUACUUGUAUUUAUAAAUACCAUUCAUGCAAUGUAACAAUGACAAUCUUGACUUAACAUGGUUAAAGAGAGGUCAUAUGUAAUUGCUCUUCUUCUUCUAUCUCUGCUUCUGUAUCUUUCUUUUCAAUCGCAAGUUGGUGUUGCCGAGACAAAACGUCACACACUUACUACCAAGUAUUCGGAUUCUCGAUGCGCCAAUGAAAUUCCCGCAAGUCCACCACCACCACCACCACAUCCCACGCCGAAAGUGGGUACACCACACUCGAGGUCACCCAAAGGAAAAGGACCAUAAGUGAUAAAAUGAAGUUUUCAAAAAGUGAUCAAGGAGAGUACAAGAAGAGUCGACUUUAUAAUUGUGUAACUGUUAAAACCUAGUAAGAGAUCUGGUCUUCAGUUCUUUUCUUUCGGCGGAGUCUGUUAAAAGCCGAGCAAGAGAUGAGAGUAAAACUCCUUUUAUAGUCAAUUGCCUUUUCUCA